AUGAUCAACACCAAAGAUAAAGAUGGUAACACUCCCUUGCAUUUAGCUACCAUGGAAAAACAUCCUAAAGUGGUUUAUAUUUUCACAUGGGAUAACAGGGUCAAGUUAACCCUCCAGAACAAGGCUGGAUUUACAGCUCUUGACAUUGCCGAGGAAUGUGGAAAUGGUAUUCCUUCAUUUGAAGAGCGGUUGGCUUGGUUAUCCUUAAUAUAUGCGGGUGUUCCAAGAGCCCCACAAUUGCACUACGUAAACUGUCUUCAUCCGCCAGCAGACAUGAGCACAGGUAGCCAAACUAAUGAACACCCAUCUGUAGCUGUAAGUGAUGAAAAUACCUCCACUGUUUCCGUGGUACUCGAUGACCAAGGAAACAUAGUAAGUUUUCAACAGAAAAAGAAAAAAGGAAACACAGUAAGUAGUAAUCAUCCAAAAGUGAAAAAGAAAAACAAGUACAAGGAGAGAAUCAACACACUCCUAUUGGUGUCCACUCUAGUAGCCACCGUAACCUACGCUUCCGCCUCGAACAUCCCUGGUGGUUAUAACAACAAUGAACCCCACGUAGGCAUGGCUACUCUCGCCCACAAGGCUGCCUUUAAAGUGUUCGUGAUCUGCAACACUAUUUCCAUGUAUACCGCCAUCCUUGCUGCGGUCACCCUCAUAUGGGCUCACCUUGAUGAUCCCAGGCUCGUCCUAUUAUCGCUUGACGUCGCACUUCCGUUGCUAGGAAUUGCCCUUGCCACCAUGUGUGUGGCGUUCAUGGCGGGAUUUUUUGUUAUGUUGCAUAAUGUAGCUAAUUGGUUAGCUGUUUUGGUGUUAGUUAUCGGAGGGGUGCUUUUAGGUGUACUAAUGAUUUUAUUUAUUCUUCUCUUGUCACCAAGGUCUUGCAACGGGGGGAAUAAGAUCUUGCGAUAUCUCUUUCAUGUUCCCUUCACUCUUAUGUUGUUAGCUUCUGAGAAGGAAAAAACUGGACUGUAUUGAUUUUAGUUUUAUGUGAUGCUUCCCAAAUCACAAUUCACAUGGUCUAUUAUAAGUUUUUUUAAUUAGGUACAAGGAAAUUAUGUAUGUAGGUACUUUUGACACUUUUUACCUUGUAACUUUGAAUUUGAACAUUAUCAGCUACUUUUUGCAUUAAUUUUGCUACCUAGGUAAUGGUUCACAUAAAUUGUUGAAUUACACUAUGUAAUACUCCCACCAUUCUUUUUAAUCUACACACUUUUCUUUUUAUUCUGUUUUUUUUUUUUUAAUUUAGGCACUGUUACUUUUCUAUUUUUAGUAACAUGUCACAUCUACUUUCUCCUCUUUUUCCGCCCAUGUCAUCCACUUUUUAAUAUUUUAACCAUUUUUUACUUUCUCUUUUUCACUUUUUAGUUUUUCUCUCCACUUUUUCAAUUUCUCUCUCAUACUUUUGUAGUUUCUCAUUGAUUCUCCUCCAAAGUAAAGUGAUUAAAUCAAAAAGAAACGGAGGGAUUAUGUUAUAAGCUAAUUGUAUCUAGUUUAUUUAAAUACAGCUUGUUCAUUAGGGUUGCUCAUAAGCUUAAGUAUUUGUUAAAAAUUAUUUGUUAAUAUCUUUUCUAACUUUCAUAAUAAUUUCGUGAACAUAUUUCUAAUAUUAAUUGAAUUUAACUAAUUAAAAAACGUAAUUAUUGAUGACUAUUACCUUAUUACUUCAAAGAUUACUACUUCUUCAAACGAUAUAUACUUCCUCUGUUUCGUUUUAAAUGUCACAAAGGGGUAAUUUUUGUGCGAUAUAAAAUAUUCUUUUAUUGCAUUUAAUCUAAAACGUAACGGAUGAAGUAC